AUGUCGCUGAAGGCGAUUUCGGCCAAAGAUGCUGCUGCCCUUGACAAGGAUCUGAUGGACAUGGGAGGUUGGUCUUUGGACCAGCUGAUGGAACUGGCAGGCCUUUCUGUUUCCCAGGCUGUCUGGCGAGUCCACCCGCUUAGUUCUGGAAAGAAUAUACUCGUAGUAUGUGGACCAGGAAAUAAUGGCGGCGACGGUCUCGUAGCAGCCCGACACCUCGCCCAAUACGGCUACAAUCCAUCCGUGUUCUACCCCAAGCAAGGAAAGAAUGAGCUCUAUCAGCGCCUGAAAACACAGCUCGAGAAUCUUUCCGUUCCAUUCAUCACGGAUUUCUCAGCUGCUCUGAAGUCCACCGACUUCCUCGUCGACGCUAUCUUCGGCUUCUCCUUUGGCGGACCAUUGCGGGACCCGUUCGGCUCUAUAGUCUCACAAAUCGAGUCAUCUUCUGUCCCCGUACUGAGUGUCGACGCGCCCAGCUCAUGGGAUAUUCAGAGCGGACCACCAAAGGAGGGACCUGGUGCCAAGUUUAUGCCCGCAGCGCUGAUUAGUUUGACAGCUCCGAAACCGUGUGUCAAGUUUUAUCAGGGAAGACAUUUCAUUGGUGGUCGGUUCUUGUCUAAGGAUAUUACGGACAAGUAUGGGCUUGACUGUCCGGCGUAUCCGGGAAUCGACCAGGUCAUGGAAGUUGGGGUGGAUGCAGAGGGUAGACUUUAG